CUCAGCCACCCGCUUCGCCAUCAUCCGACGGACGACAGUAGCUCCUUUCCUGCUGCUGCCCCGCGCCGAGGCUCGCGGACCGCUAGAUCGCCCCUCCGAGGCCGUCGUGGGCGCAGCUUGGCCGUCUGUUCGUCCGCCGACACAGCGCGUCGGAAGCGGCCACCGGUUCCCGGCGGCGAAUAGAUUGCCCCUUUGUCGCGGUCAGGCGUUCGAGCUGGAGGGAAAGAGAGACUCUGGGUUCUUUUGCGGAGACUUGUGGUGUGAUCUCAUGGACGCUAAGGCGAGGCCGGCGAAGCUUAUCCAGCCAUUGAUGAAGCAAUUAAGACAUUGAAGAUCGAUCCUCCGUCAAAAGCCACCAGUGUCACCAUGUUCGGUGCAAAAGGUGCAAGCUUGUCUGAUGCAACAUCCUGCAUCUCUUCCGGAGAUGCAACAAGCAUCAUCAAGGAAAGCGAGGUAGACCAAGAUGUGUCUGUGGAUGAUCAGGGCACAUAUUAUUAUGGUUACUAUUAUCCAGGAGCUCAUGGUGUCAUGGGGGAAUGGGAUAAUUCACGUUGCAACCGUGGAACAGAUAACGUCCAAGUAGAGCAUCCUGUAAGUACCAUUCAAGUUGAUAGUGGAUCACUGAUAUACUACUUGCCAGGAUUUCAAACUGGAUAUAGCAACUACGGUCCAUUCUCACCUGGACCCAUGUAUUGUGCUGAUGGACAGUUUUGGGGGCAAGGCUCAUAUUAUGCAAGUCCAGUUUCUCCUCAAACGGUUGUUUCACCAGGAAUUUAUGCUCAUCCAAUUGCUUAUGGGCCUGAGCUAAUUCCUGCAUACCCAUGGGAUCCAUAUUUUUUCUUGCAAGAUGGGAUUCAAGGGAACACAUUUACUGUGGAUCCAACAAAUCCACAUUAUAAACCAAAUCAUUCAUCCCAUGGUCAUAACCUUCCUCCUUCCAAAACCUUGACAACUUCAAAAGUGACUUCACUAGCAUCUGAUUUAUCACUUCCUGUAUCAGCUCAAAACCAAACACAGAAAUCUGUGCAGAAGGCACCCACUGCUGUUUUACCAAAAGGAUAUGUUCCUCUAAAUAAGUUCAGUGCAUAUGCUAACCAAGUGAAUGGUGCAUUGCAUUAUCCAAACAGUGUCAUUCCUAUGAAAGAAAAUACACGUUGCUGGGUUGAUGAUGAAAAGCUGAAAGCCAGAAAUAAACUUAAUAGUUUUGCUGAUCUCGACUUGCUGAAUGAGCGAAACCGUGGUCCUAGAACAAAUAGCAUCAAAACUACUAAUUCUGGUGAUAAUUUUCAGGAAACUCUUAGCAUCAAACAGAAUGAUAAUAGCAGUGGUUCAAUUGACAAGGAUGAAUACAACUCUCCUGAUUUCAUAACGAAGUAUGAACAAGCUUUGUUUUUUGUAAUAAAAUCAUACAGCGAAGAUGAUGUUCAUAAAAGUAUAAAAUAUAAUGUCUGGUCAAGCACUCCAAAUGGGAACAAAAGGCUUGACAAUGCCUUCCUAGCUGCUCAAGGAAAGAUGGCAGAAAAGGGUGGCAAGUGUCCUGUGUUUCUCUUCUUUUCUGUUAAUGCAAGCGGUCAAUUUUGUGGUGUUGCAGAAAUGUCAGGCCGAGUUGAUUUCAGUAAAAAUAUGCCCUUUUGGCAACAGGACAAAUGGAAUGGCUUUUUCCCAGUGAAGUGGCAUAUAAUUAAAGAUGUUUCAAACCCACGACUCCGUCACAUAAUAUUGGAGAAUAAUGAGAACAAGCCUGUAACAAACAGCAGGGAUACGCAAGAGGUUAAGUUUCCACAAGGCACUGAGAUGUUAAACAUUUUCAAGAGCUAUUCUGCUAAAACGUCCAUAUUGGACGACUUUGGCUUUUACGAGAAUCGCCAGAAAGCAAUGCAAGAGAAGAGGAGCAAGCCUACUACUCCAACUUUGGAUAACUCUCUGUCCAAAAUGGUUGAAUCAUCUCAAUUCCAGAAGCUAGAUGAUUCCAAAUCACAUAAACUUGUGUUAGUCGAGGUGAAGGAAGCACUCCCUUGCUCGAGGGUCACUUCACCUAAGUGAACAUGCAAAGGAAGCCAGCUCUUUAUGUGGACUGGAGAACUACAACAGCGCUCCUUUGAAGUUAAAGAGCAUUCUGUCCCUCCCUCAUGGAUUAUCAACAUCGACCUCAAUUCAAGAAGGAAUCUGAAAAUGGAAAACACGAGACUACGGAGUGCCCGCCCCAGGAGCAACAAUAGCAAUGGUUGGGGAGAGCUGCAUCGGGCAAAGCAUUGCCGGCUUCAAUGGCAUAUGACUCCAUUGAAACAAAUUGAUCUGGAAGAUGUCGAUAGAUGAAAUGGGGUAGGAUAGUGUAAGCAUGUAAUGCAAGAAACUAAAUCCCCAGAGGCUGCUUGGGAGCAAAGUUGUGUUGUCCAAACACUGAAUCUGGAAGAAACAGAAUAAUAAUAAUAAUAUAAUAAAUAUCCCUUUCCAUUCUUUCCUCAACCUACACUAUUACCUGUAUUUGCACAAGUUUUAGUGGAUUAACAGUGAAUUCUUUCAGUGA